AUGAAAUGUGAGCCCCGGUGGCCCAGGACUCAGGAGCGGGCUGCCUCGUCUCGCCUGAACGCCGCGGGCAGAGACAAAGAGACCUCCGUCCCAGCGCAAUCCCGCGCGGGCGGCCCGGGUUCCCCUCGUAGGCUCCCAGGGCAAUGGCCCCGUCUCCCCGCGACCCCCGUGUCGGGAGUGCUGCCCUCUCCCUCUGACCGCCCUCCAGCCCCUCCGCGUCUGGGGCUCUCCCUUCGCUCCCAGCCCCCUUUCCAGUCUGUCUGCCCGUCUGUCCUGGCGCGCAACCUCCGGCCACCGGCUUGGAUGGACGCGCGGAGACUGCCCGGGUGUCCAGGGAUCUUGCUUCCGAAAUUGGUCCUGCUCUUUGUCUACGCAGAGGAUUGCCUUGCUCAGUGUGGGAAAGACUGCAGAUCUUACUGCUGUGAUGGAACCACACCCUACUGUUGCUCCUACUACGCUUAUAUUGGGAAUAUCCUCUCGGGUACAGCAAUUGCUGGCAUAGUGUUUGGAAUUGUAUUCAUCAUGGGGGUCAUAGCUGGAAUUGCCAUAUGUAUCUGCAUGUGUAUGAAAAACAACCGCGGGACCCGGGUGGGCGUCAUCAGGACCACCCACAUCAAUGCCAUCUCCUCCUAUCCUGUGGCACCACCCCCCUAUAGUUAUGACCAUGAGAUGGAAUACUGUGCCGACUUGCCACCUCCCUACUCCCCGACCCCACAGGCUUCAGCACAGCGUUCUCCACCCCCUCCUUACCCUGGAAAUUCAAGAAAACAAUCCUUCUCCCAGAACAGAAUAUGUGCCAAUCAGAGAUCUUGCCUGGAAUAAAAUGUCUUUACUCAGAAACAGGAAAGGAUUGCUCUAAGGAUUACUUUUUUGGGUCAAACAAUAUGUCAGGUGGAAUAUCCAGGCUAAGAAAUACUGA